GCAUGGAAGACGAUAGCGGGUGCACAACAGCAAUUGCCAGCAUUUAUUGCAUUGCAGGAUGAAUACAAAAUAUGGAGAACUACAGCAAAGCACGAACUGUGGAGCAGCCAUGCAACUGCCCGUUCACCGGCCUAUCUAGUGAAACACCAGAGGUGCGAGUUAAGGAUGGUAGCAAGAUCCGCAAUCUGAUGCGAUUUGCGUUGAGUCGCAUGGAAGACAAACCAUCGCCCGUAGAAGCCGAAGGAGAUGGCGAGGAGGCGGAGCCUAAGCGGUCUACGGAGAAAAUAUGUCGCCAGAUCAUGUUCUCCGGAGUCGGGCCAAGCGUGUCCAAAGCCAUCACUUGCGUGGAGAUCCUGAAACGCAGAGUGCGUGGCCUGCACCAGUACACCCGGCUGCACUACCGUACCGUUCAGGAGGUGUGGGAGCCCCUGGAGCCUGAUGCCGGCUUGGACAGCUUGACUGUCAAUAGAAAUGUACCAGCUGUAUGGGUGCUCCUCUCUAAAGAUCCUUUGGACACCAACCAGCCAGGUUAUCAAGCGCCAGGCAGCUUUGAUGCCCUGUGGGCCCAGGCAGCCAAGGAAGAAAUGGCCAGUCAGAAACACGGACAGCGGAGAAGACGAGGUGGAGGUGGAGGUGGAGGUGGAGGUGGUGGUGGAGGAGGUGGAGGAGUGGGCCGUGGGAAGACCUCCAGCAGACAGACAGGACGCCCCAGGGAGCCUCGGAAGAGCCAGGGGCGCGGAGGAGGAGGUGGGGGUGGGGGUGGGGGUGGACAAGAGUAA